AUGGCCACCUCUGCAGUCUCUGGGAACAAACCUCUUACCAACAGGGCGUCAGGUGACACCUUCCGCUGUCCAAUAUGUCUGGAAGAGGUCAGGAAUCCAAAGUACCUGUCAUGCCUUCAUACUUUUUGUGAAUCGUGUAUUCAAACAUAUAUAUCGAGCACUGCAACGUGCCAUGACAGCCUGAAUACAAAGACAAUAAACUGUCCGGUAUGUCGAAAGCGCAUCGAUGCUCCCAGAAAGGACAUUUCAGACGAAGAGUGGGCAUCUUCCUUACCCCAAAAUAAACUUAUUGUAAGCAUGUGGCUGAAUUCGAACCCCGACAAGGAACUGUGUAAGUUCUGCGAGCGAAAGGAGAAAAAAGUGUCUGCUACACAUUGGUGUAAAGCGUGCAUGGAAACCAUCUGCGACGAAUGUAAGGCUUUUCAUGACCUCGUACCAAGUCUUCAAAAUCAUAAAAUUGUCAACAUGGCUGAUACUCAGGCUUAUGGAAAUGAUGUUGAGGUUGAAGAAUUAUGUCUUGAACACAAAGGCAAGGUGGUUGAUGCGUUUUGCCACUAUCACCAGAAGUUAUGUUGUUGCAUUUGCCUUGCUAGUCACCAUAUAUCGUGUCAGCGGGUACAGGUUAUAGCAGACAUGGAAGUAGAACAAGAAAGAACUCAUGUCCAAAAUAUCGUUUCGACAUUCUCUGAUUUGGAGGAAAGUAUUAAGAAUAUGCAGCAAAAAAGUCGUGAGAAAAUAGAUCAUCUCAAUUCAAAGAAACAAGAAAUUUGUAUGCAAAUAGACAAAGCCAUCACAGAGCUUAAGACUUUAAUUGACGAUGCCCAUACAGCAUUGAUUAAACAGUUUGAUCAGACACACUCAGAUUCUAUCGGAAACUUGGAAAUUGCUUUUGACGAAUUGAAACGGUUUUCUACCACAGUAUGUGAAACCAAAGUACUUUUGCAGUUAAUGCUAGAGAAAGGUUCUCCCAAACAACUGUUUGUCACCAAACAAAAUCAGCUUGCUCGAAUCAAUGAUCAUAUUUCUUGUUUGAAAUCUUUGGAUGUUUGGACUUUUCCUGAAGACUAUACCCUACCAGACUCUAACUUCCUUGAUCAACUAUUUAAUAAGAAGAAGCUGGAAGGUGUAAAAAUGUCAAAAACUCCAUCUGGAACGAUUGAGACAAUUCUACAGACUGUUCAAAAAGCUACUAGCAGCGAUAUCAUGCGAAGAAAACAUGAUGCCUCAAAAAAGGACUGGAUGAAAGUUACCUUUAAAUUAGUAUCCCAAGUGACUGAGUUGUUAAAUUGGACAUUUUAUGGUAUAUUCACCCAUGACACAAAAAUUCUUUUUCUAUCGCAAAUGCCUCCAUCGCUAAACAUUUUCGAUAUCAGUGAGCCUAUUGGAAAAUGUGUUCACACUGAAGAGUGCCAGUACACGCCGUAUGGCCUGUGCCACUCCAGGGUAAACGAGAGCUUGAAUGAGGUCUACGUGUCUUUCCAAAACAAUGUCGUACUUUAUUUGAUUGAUAUUAGAGACAAGGUUACAUUUACAAAACUCCGAACAAUACAGUUAAAUAAACCCAUGCUAGCAAUUUCAUGUGGAAUGACCACCAUGUUCUCUGCAAAUAACUCAAAAGCAUUUAUUUGUUCUCAGGAUUUCACCAUAGAACAUGAAACACCGUAUAAGAGGGGCACCGCCGAUGUCCCGCUUUUAGCUUCGUCGUCGGAGUCUGAUUUUCAUUGUUUCACGGCAGAUGGACGCGUGGUCGUUUCGGAUCGAAAUAAAAGAAAUGUUUUUCAGACUGAAAAAAUUCAAGGAGAGCUUCGCGGAAUGACUUUUGAUUUGCAUGACAACAUAUUUAUUUGUAAUAAAAAAAAUAAGAUAAAAUUGAUAAAGCAGAUCAAAUUUGGAGGAAGCGAAAGUAGAGAAAUAGAACUGGACGGCAUUAGUGCAGCGUACAAUGUCGCCCUCCACCCUACAGGCGAGAAGAUGUUAGUUUUGGACUUCGGUAAAAAAUGUUGUGUUUACCAAAUAAUGUAGACAAUUUCAUCGAUC